AUGCUGGCCGAGGCAAUGGAUUCACCUAAUCAGGAGCAGGUCAUCCAUGACUUCAAAGGUUCAAGGUUCAGCAGGAAGCUCCGCAGAGAGAACUCGAAGCGGGAGGCGCAGGAGCUUGAGGAAGCGAGCUCUCCGACCCAGACGCGAGAGGACCAUGAGUUCUUCAAGAACCUGGAGGUUGAGCUGCUGCUGGGGGAGGAUGGCUUGAUGCAGAGCCCGACGGGGAGCGACAGGGAGGAGAGCGUGGGAGAUCAGCACCCGCUCGAGGACGUGCAGAAGUUUUCGGGCUCAAGCCAUCGCUAUGCGCGCAAACUCCGGAGGGAGGCCUCGAUAGAGAAGGCAAAGAGGCUGCAGUGCUCGGCUCCCGAUGCUGUGAACGCCAGCGAGCAUGCGACGACGGCAGACGAGCACAAAGCGUUCAGAAUGGAGGAGGAGAUGCUCCUGGGCUCGAGCCCCGAGGCCGAGCUGAUCGAGACGACUGAGAUGCUGGAAGGCCUGCUGGACAAGAUCAUGUGA